AUGACAACUCUGGCCGGAGCUGUCCCCAGGAUGAUGCGCCCCGGGGCCGGGCAGAACUAUCCCCGCAGCGGGUUCCCGCUCGAAGUCUCUACCCCUCUAGGCCAGGGCAGAGUCAAUCAGCUCGGAGGAGUGUUUAUCAAUGGCAGGCCUUUACCCAACCAUAUCCGGCACAAGAUAGUGGAGAUGGCCCACCAUGGCAUAAGGCCCUGUGUCAUCUCCCGCCAGCUGCGAGUGUCCCACGGCUGCGUCUCCAAAAUUCUCUGCAGGUACCAGGAGACGGGCUCCAUCCGACCGGGGGCCAUCGGCGGCAGCAAGCCCAAGCAGGUGACGACGCCGGAUGUUGAGAAGAAAAUAGAGGAAUACAAGCGGGAAAACGCGGGCAUGUUCAGCUGGGAGAUCCGGGACAAGCUGCUGAAGGACGGCGUGUGUGACCGCAACUCGGUGCCGUCAGUGAGCUCCAUCAGCCGCAUCCUGCGGAGCAAGUUUGGGAAAGGCGAGGAAGAGGAGGCUGAGCUGGAAAGGAAAGAGGUGGAGGAAGGCGACAAGAAGGCCAAGCACAGCAUUGAUGGCAUCCUCAGCGAAAGAGCUCCUUUGACACCUCAGUCUGAUGAAGGCUCUGACAUUGAUUCUGAACCAGAUUUGCCUUUAAAAAGAAAGCAGCGUCGCAGCAGGACAACCUUCACAGCAGAACAACUGGAAGAGCUGGAAAGAGCUUUUGAGAGGACACACUACCCUGACAUUUACACCAGGGAAGAACUUGCACAAAGAGCCAAGCUCACAGAGGCUCGUGUCCAGGUCUGGUUUAGUAAUCGUCGUGCCAGAUGGAGGAAGCAGGCAGGAGCCAACCAACUGAUGGCUUUCAACCAUCUGAUCCCUGGAGGAUUCCCACCCAGUGCCAUGCCGACUUUGCCAACGUACCAGCUCUCUGAGCCCUCCUACCAACCCACCUCCAUACCCCAAGCCGUGUCUGAUCCAAGCAGUACCGUCCAUAGACCUCAGCCUCUCCCUCCAAGCACUGUACACCAAAGCAGCCUCCCUUCGAACCCCGAGAGCAGCUCUGCCUAUUGCCUGCCCAGCACCAGGCAUGGAUUUUCCAGCUAUACAGACAGCUUUGUGCCUCCGUCCGGGCCCUCCAAUCCCAUGAACCCUGCCAUUGGCAAUGGCCUCUCACCUCAGGUAAUGGGACUCCUGACUAACCACGGUGGUGUGCCUCACCAGCCCCAAACUGAUUAUGCCCUGUCCCCUCUAACUGGGGGCCUGGAGCCCACCACCACUGUGUCAGCCAGCUGCAGCCAGAGGUUAGAGCACAUGAAGAGCUUAGACAGCCUGCCCACCUCCCAGUCCUACUGCCCACCAACCUACAGCACCACGGGCUACAGCAUGGACCCCGUCACGGGCUACCAGUACGGCCAGUACGGCCAAAGUGCCUUUCAUUAUCUGAAGCCAGAUAUUGCAUAA